AUGAAGACGUUCGUCAUUCUCUCUGCGCUCAGCGCGGCCAUUAGCCCGGCUUUCGCGAGCGUGCUCGCUCGUCAGUCCAAGGGAAAGCUGCCUCCCGUCGAAGUGCGCGGUAACGCCUUCUUCGCAGGCGACUCACGUUUCUACGUGCGUGGUGUUGCCUACCAGCCAGGUGGCGCGGCAGAUGCGAAGGACCCUCUGCUUGACCUUGAGGGCCUGAAGCGCGAUGUCGCCAACUUCAAGGAUCUUGGCAUCAACACGAUCCGUGUCUACACGAUUGACAACUCAAAGAACCACGAUGAGGGUAUGAAGAUGCUCGACGACGCUGGUAUCUACCUGGCACUCGAUGCCAACACCCCGGACUACUCUCUCAACCGUGAGACCAACGCCACUCUCCACCGCUCGUACAACGACGUCUACCUCCAGUCCGUCUUUUCUACGAUCGAUGCUUUCCACAACUACAACAACCUUCUUCUCUUCUUCUCUGGCAACGAAGUCAUCAACCAGCGCAACAACACUGGCGCCGCCACCUACAUCAAGGCCGUCACCCGCGACAUGAAGCGCUACAUUGGCAACAAGUCGCCCCGUACCAUCCCUGUCGGUUACUCCGCCGCCGACGUAUCGGAGAACAUUGAGCAGCAAGCUCUCUUCUUCAACUGCGGCUCCGACGAUGAGCGCUCCGACUUUUUCGCUUUCAAUGACUACUCCUGGUGUGACCCCUCCAGCUUCACCAAGUCCGGCUGGGAUCAGAAAGUUAAGCUCUACGAAGACUACAGCAAGCCCAUUUUCCUCUCCGAAUAUGGUUGCAUCACCAACCGCCGCGAUUGGGGCGAGGUCGCUGCUUUGUACUCCACCAACAUGACUGGCGUCUACUCUGGCGGUCUAGCUUACGAAUACACUGUUGAGCCCAACGGCUACGGUCUCGUCGAGGUCGCUUCCAACGGCAAGAUUGAGCCCAACGAAGACUUCGAUCGUCUGAAGGAAGCUUUCAAGGCCACCAAGAACCCAAGUGGUGACGGUGGUUUCAAAUCCAGCGGCUCUGCUUCCGAAUGCCCUUCUGCAUCCGAGGACUGGGAGGUCGCCACCACCGUUCUGCCUGCCAUGCCCGCCAAGGCUGAGAAGUUCAUGGAUGACGGUGCUGGUACUGCCCCUGGUCUCGCUGGUGAUGGCUCGCACUUUGCUGGUGAGCCGUCCGAGUCUACUGCUGAAGCUGGCUCCGGCAGCCCCACUCGCUCUGCUAGCCCAAGUGGAAGCGGUAGCAGCGGUCCCGCCACUGGUGCUGCUAGUGCUCUUGACGUACCCCUCAAGAUGAUGAGCGUAGUCGGUGCUGGUGUCCUAUUCGGCGCUGCUCUCCUCUUCUAA